AUGGCUGAGAAGGCCUCAGAGAAGAGAGGACUGUGGAACAGGGCUGCUCCCCAGGAUGCCUCUGGCCUCCAGGACAGCUUAUUCUCCUCCGAAAGUGACAACAGCCUAUACUUCACCUACAGUGGCCAGUCCAACACCUUGGAGGUCCAAGAUCUCAGCUACCAGGUCGAUAUGGACUCCCAGGUGCCCUGGUUUAAGAAGCUGGCUCAGUUCAAGAUGCCUUGGACAUCUCACAAGGAUUCUUGUGAUCUGAGCAUCCAAAACCUGAGCUUCAAAGUGAGAAGUGGGCAGAUGCUGGCCAUCAUAGGGAGCUCAGGCUAUGGGAGAGCCUCUUUGCUGGACGUGAUCACCGGGAGGGACUACGGCGGCAAAAUUAAGUCAGGCCAAAUCUGGAUCAAUGGGCAGCCCAGCACGCCUCAGCUGGUGAGGAAGCAUGUGGCCCACGUGCGCCAGCACGACCAGCUGCUCCCUAACCUAACCGUCCGUGAGACCCUGGCUUUUGUUGCCCAGCUACGCCUGCCCAGAACCUUCUCCCAGGCUCAGCGCGACGAAAGGGUGGACGACGUGAUCGCCGAGCUGCGCCUGCGCCAGUGCGCCAACACGCGUGUGGGCAACGCGUACGUGAGGGGCGUGUCGGGCGGCGAGCGGCGCAGAGUCAGCAUCGGGGUGCAGCUGCUGUGGAAUCCAGGAAUCCUCAUCCUGGAUGAGCCCACCUCCGGGCUCGACAGCUUCACGGCCCACAACCUGGUGAAAACCCUGUCCCGGCUGGCCAAAGGCAACCGGUUGGUGCUCAUCUCCCUCCACCAGCCUCGGUCGGACAUCUUCAGGCUGUUUGAUUUGGUCCUCCUGAUGACGUCCGGCAGUACCAUCUACUUCGGGGCAGCCCAGCACAUGGUGCAAUACUUCACAGCCAUCGGCCACCCCUGUCCUCGCUAUAGCAACCCUGCCGACUUCUACGUGGACUUGACUAGCAUCGACAGACAAAGCAGAGAGCAGGAAGUGGCCACCAGAGAGAAGGCUCAGUCCCUUGCGGCCUUGUUUCGAGAAAAAGUUCAUGGCUUUGAUGACUUUCUGUGGAGAGCCGAGGCAAGGGAGCUGGGUGAGGGCACUUGCCCAGAGAGCCGGGCCCUCCCCCAGGACACCGACCAGCCCCCAACUCCCAUUGAGCUGCCUGGCUCUAUGCAGCAGUUCACCAUGCUGAUCCGUCGUCAGAUUUUCAACGACUUCCGAGACCUGCCAACUCUCCUCAUCCAUGGAGCAGAGGCCUGCCUGAUGUCCCUGGUCAUCGGGUUCCUCUAUUACGGCCACGGGGCCAUCAAGGUCUCCUUCAUGGACACAGCUGCCCUCUUGUUCAUGAUCGGAGCUCUCAUCCCUUUCAACGUGGUCCUGGAUGUCAUUGCCAAAUGUCACUCAGAGAGGGCAAUGCUUUACUAUGAACUGGAAGAUGGUCUCUACACUCCUGGUCCAUAUUUCUUUACUAAGAUUCUAGGGGAGCUUCCAGAGCAUUGCGUCUACAUCAUCAUUUAUGCGAUGCCCACCUACUGGCUGGCCAACCUGCACCCGAGCUUCGAGCCCUUUCUGCUGCACUUCCUGCUCGUGUGGCUGGUGGUCUUCUGCUGUAGGAUCAUGGCGCUGGGUGCCGCCGCCCUGCUCCCCACAUUCCAUACAUCCUCCUUCUUUGGCAACGCUCUCUACAACUCCUUCUACCUCACUGGGGGCUUCAUGAUAAGCUUGGACAAUCUGUGGACAGUGCCUGCUUGGAUUUCCAAAGUCUCCUUUCUCCGCUGGUGUUUUGAAGGCCUGAUGCAGAUUCAGUUCAAAGGGCACACUUACCACGUGGGGGUCGGCAACUUUACCAUCCCUAUCCCAGGAGACCUAAUCCUCAGUUCCAUGGGCCUGAACUCGCACCCGCUCUACGCCAUCUACCUCAUCCUCAUUGGCAUUGGUGGUGCCUUCAUGAUCCUGUACUAUGUGGCCCUAAGGUUCAUCAAACAGAAAUCAGAUCAAGACUGGUGA